AAAAUCAACGAACAACAUAUGCUUAGAGUGUAUGGUAAUCCUGGUAACACUUUAAUAUCAUCAGACAAACUUUCUUACUCAUCACAAAACAGUCAAAUAGUCAAUGUUGACAAUAAUGGAAAAAUCACUGGAAAGGGUGUUGGGAGUACAAUUAUUACAGUCAUAUAUACAGAGAAUGGAAAAGUCUUACAAAAUUCCAUUACUAUCAAUGUAUCUACAAGCGCAGUGACUACACAAAUUAGUAUCACAGCGGACACUUAUUCAUUUGCAGUUAACAACGAGAUCACUAUAACAGUAACUGCGCAACCAAACUCUCGAGUACUCUCCGCAAGUGAAGUCAACUGCGUUGCGACAGAUUCAACUAUUUUGGACGUCAAAGGAAGUUUUGUAAUUGGUGGCAAGAAUGCUGGAACUACCACAUUGACGUGUACUUAUAUCGACAGUGGUCUGCAAUUCUCAGACUCAAAAAGUUUCACAGUGUAUGAGCAAAGUCUCUCAAUAGAAACAGACUCGGACUCUAUACAAGUUGGGUCUACUGUAACUAUUCGAGUUUAUAGUGAACCAAAUCACGUUAUUAUUCCAAACACUGAAUUGACUAUAACAUCUUCUAAAGAAGAAGUUCUGACAGCAAGUAACGAAGGUGUUUUGACUGCUAAAACAAGUGGUACCUCUGAAAUUACUGUGACGUACAACAGUUUAACUGCUAAAAAACAGUUCACUGUAUUUGAAGACCAAACUCCAAGAAUCACUGUAGUUGUUCCAACAACAACAAUUUAUGUAUACCAAUCUGUGUCCUUUGAUGUCUUCCUUGAACCGGGACAUACUAAAUUGGAACCAAGUGAAGAUCUGUUGUUUGGAUGUUCUAAUUGUGUUGCUAUUGAAAUCAACGAUAAAAACUUGACUGUGUUUGGAUUGGAUGUUGGAACAUCUGAAAUGAAUGUCCAUUAUAUUCAAGGCACAACAAGACUUGAUGCCAAAGUCGUUUUCACUGUAAUUUUAGGUACUAUCCACCCAACGAAAAUAUCUGUGAGUUUCAAUAAUGCAACCGUUGCUCAAGGAAAUCCAUUUUCUUUCUCAGUUCUGAUAUCCCCUCCUAAAACAACAGAAAGAGGUGUCGAGGUAUCUGUAUCUCCAGAAGAUUUCUAUGUUUCUAAGAACGUCGCACUGUAUGCUGAAAACACCUUCACAGUGACCCCUCAAAAGAUUGGAACAUACACAAUUACCGCAAAAUCCACUGAUGUCCCAACAUUAAUCGCAACAUUCACUUUAUACGUGGAAGAGACUAAUACUCGUGGAUAUGGUCUUUUGGCGACAGGAGUGACUCCCGAAGGAGGGUGGUACGACUGCAACAAGCAAUGGGCACCUCAAGACAAUAUAACAAUUCAAGGCGUUACUUAUGACUACAUGCCCAAUGACUCUCCGAUGUGUUGGGCAGCAACCUCAGCCAAUAUCAUUGAUUGGUAUCAAAAUAGCAUCAACCUCACUAACGUCCCAGAGCAUUGCCCUAAUGGAUUUAACAAAUGGAGCAAUGGCACAGAGAAGGCGAAUGACAACACAGCGUAUUCACAAAGUGAGGUCUAUGAGUACUUCAGAGUAUGUUCGACUAAUCAGGGGUAUUACAUUCAAGCGGGAUUGAAUUGGUUCUUCACUGGGGCUUCACAACUCCAAUACCCCCAAAAUUACGAAAAAGGGUUUAGAUAUCAAGAAUAUGAAGGGUUUGAUAAGAAACAACGAGUGGCCGACGAUAUCAAUUUUUACUCGGACAGAGGAAGAGACUACUACGUAAGAGAGUUUAAAAAUGCAGUAGUUGGAGGAUUCAAAAAUGGCAGUCCAAUGGGGAUAUCUGUCUAUUAUAAGAAUGGAGGAGGACACGCACUAACACUUUGGGGUUAUGAACUUGGUGAUGCUGAUGUGUAG